UACUCGACAUGGCGGUAAGAAAACUGUUUCUGAACACAGGACAGUUAUUUUGAGAUCAAAUGCGUGCUUCUUUACUCGAUUAGCACUGUUCGCAUAAUCUGGAGAUGUAUUUGUAUUCUCAGCGGUUUGUCUCUUGCUCAGGGACAUCUUUAUUUCCUACGUUGACGGAUUACAGAUGCACGUUGCUUGCGUUUUGCACUUUUAACUCUUUAUGGUUUACAAUUUUUUUCAGAGAGCUUUCUUUAGACAGCUUUUUAACGUUUUAAUACCGUCUGAGCAUGAACUUCGCGUAAAGUCCGUGUGUCUGAUGAUCUGACAUGAAGUCAAUACAACUCUGAAUAAUCUCAAUCCAUGGCCACCAAAAUGUCAUCGCCCAGUGAUGUACGGGAGAAGAUAAAGAAGAAGCGGAGAGCAUUGCAGGAGUCAAUGGGAAGAGUCAGAGAUGACAAGGAGGCUUUGGUACCAUCAGACUGGGGUUUGUCUAAGGAGAAUGAUCACACUACGGUGGAGGAGCUGGCAGAUGGAGAAGAUCCUGGUGAGACACUCAGACGUUCAGUGAAAGCAAAGCACAUGAAGAGAAAAAAGAAGCUGCUAAAGGAAAUGGCCCUGGAGUCUCCUCCAGAUGAAGAGAAGAUGUUGGACGAGGUGACAGCAGUACAAGAGGAGAAAGAAGAAGCUGCAGUGCGAUCUCCUAGAGUUUCUCUAGACCGUCCUCCUCGUCCAGUCAUAAGGCCGGGCUCCAGCCAAUCAGAGACCUCAAUGAGGCAGAGGAUGACUGAGAAGCUGAGAGCAGCCAAGUCUAAAGCUGCUAGUCUUCUAGAGCAGGAAACCAUUAUUGAGCCUGUCAGCCGCCUGCAGAGUCUUCGAGACAGAGAAACCCUCACUAGAUUCGACAGAGAUACAGAUCUAGAUGUACGAGUUGAUGAAGACUCGUCCUUUGCUGCCAGGUUGACGUUUCGGGAUGCGGCCAGACGUGCAGCAAAAGACAAAAGAGCUGAUACUGGUUUGCCGACAGCUGAAGAGGCGUACCACUUCUUCACCUUUAACUUUGACCCUGAGCCGCAAGAGAGACAGCGCCAUAAGAGAAGAGCGGCAGAAGAGGAUGAAGAGGCUGAAUCAGGGGAAGACGAGGAGGAAGAUGAGGAAGAGGGUGAAACAGAGAGAGAGCAUGAUGGAGAGCAAUCAGAAGCCAGGGAUGAAGAUGCCCCACUAGUCAGGGACGAGGAAGAGGACUUGUUCAUCAUUGACCAAUCAGAACAAGAUUUUCUGGAAGUGAGGAGGGCGGAGUACAUGGGGUACAGCAGGCAGUUGCAGAGGGAGAGAGAAGUUCUCUUUGUUCCUAGCAUGAGGCCAGUUCCUGCCUCUGAUAAGUUGCCAGAGAAUGUGCGACCUCGCUACCUGGAGGAGGAGGGGCUGUAUGUGGGAGAGAGGCCGUCUGUCUCCCUGACCAAUCAGAACAUUUUGGAAAAUCGCAUCGUGAAGCAAGCCGAGGGCAGGAAGUGGUUUGGAGAUGAUGGGCGUAUCAUGGCUCUGCCUGACCCAAUCAAAGAGUCCUCCUCCAGACCUCCUCUCCUCCACCUGGAGAAUGCACUUGAUCCAUCUCUGCAGACUGUCUUCAGAAAGGCUUUGAAGUCUAAGCAUGUGAACCGCUACAUUGCGGGAACAGAUGACCUCCCAACAGACUACCAGCUGGAUGUAGACGUAUCUGGUCUCAUUUUCUCCCAUCACCCUCUUUUUAGCCGCGAGCAUGUGUUGGGAGCCCGUCUCGCCCAGCUGUACGAUCAACACCUAACCACACAGCACAAAAACCUCACGCAACUUCUGACUGAUAAGCUGAAUGGCUUAAGGAGCACAAUUCUUAAUAUGAUGGAGCUCCACAGGGGCGAGGCUCUCAGUCAGGUGACCCAACAGAGGAUAGCAGAGUACAAACAGGAAGUGAGACACACUCGUCAACAGCGUGAUCUGGAGCAAGAGAAGGACCGAGCUCUCCUCAAAAACAUCAUCCGAGUGUGGAAAGAGCUCAAAGCUUUGAGAGACUUUCAGAGAUUCACCAACACGCCUUACAAACUCUUCAUCAGGAGAGAGCAGGUGGAGACGGAGCGGGACAAACUGAAGUUUGAGAAUGAGAUUGUGGCAGAAAUGUCAGAACUGCAGGAGGAGGCAGAGGAAGACUAUCAGAGAAAGAUGAGAGAGUACAGGAGACAACAUGAAGAAUGGAAAUCCUGGAGGAGAAGACAGAAAGCCCUCAAGAAAAAACAAAAACAGAAAAGACAGCAGGAGGAUGAAGAUGAGGAUGAGGAGAGUGAAGAAGAGCUGGGUGAGGAGCCAGAGAAGCCAAACCCUCCGGAGAAACCUGACAUGACCGCUGUGGAAGAGCAGGUACGGGAGAAGGCUGCCAGGAUUCGCAGGAAACCCGGAGAACCGGUUCUGACUCCAGAACUCACUGUUUCAGGACCCGUCACCCCCAAUGAACAGUGUCCACGUGGUGAAUUUGCUCGUAGAGAGGAGGUGGCCAAGCGUGCCCUCUUCAUUAAAGUCCUCUACAAUGAUAAAGAAGUUUCUAGAACAGACAGUCGAAACCUCAACAUGGAUUUCAGGGUUCACCUUGGUCAGAUCUUUAAUUUGAAGAUAGUGAACUGGCCAGAGAGCAUCAAACUGCAGAUAUUUGAGACUAUCGGGUCGUCUUCCACCCAGUUGGCCGAGGUGUGUGUCCCGGUUCCAGAAUCGUCCGUUCUCACCGGCAGCGCACCAUUUGAGGAGAUGGAGUUUAGCAGCAACCAAAGAGUCACGUUUAACCAUGAGGGUGUUGGCAGUGGUGUGCCGUUCUCUUUCGAAGCUGACGGCACUAACACGCAGACCCUCCUGACCUCAGGGAAGAUCUCCUGCUGCGUGUCUUGGGCCGUAGGGGAGGGAGACGCUCCCCUCCCUCCCCUCCCUCCCCCGUCCAAUCAUCCAGGAGGGGGAAUGUACAGUGGUUUUAGGCAGAUGGAUGCAAUCGCAUGUAUCGGUGCAUCUAGCUUAAACGACAUGAAGAAAUUGGGAAAGUGGGUGACUGAGUCUCGCCUUGACCCCAAUGACCCCAACAACGCUUACAUCAUGCAGCUGCUCUCUGUGGCGAGUGGUGGAGAGGUGGCAGUUCCUGAGUAUUUCCGUCUGGAGCAACUUCAGGAGGAGUUUAAUUUCCUGUCUGAAGAGGAGCUUCAGUGCUCCCGUCGCUUCCGUCUGCUGAGGCUCAGGAGUCAGGAGGUGCCGGAGUUCCGUAACUUUAAAUGCGUCCCGUCUGUGGAGCGUGAGAUUUCUGAUAAAGUUUUCCAGGAUUAUGAGAGGAGAAUAAAGGAGGGAGAGAUCAUUGACACACAGGAGCACAUUGAUGCACAUCGAGCUCUCGUUGCCAAAUAUCUGCAGAAAGUGCGAGAGUCCGUCAUUAAUCGUUUCCUCAUAGCGAAGCAUCAUUUUAUCCUGUCUGAUGUGGUUUCAGAGGACGAGGUUCCCAGUAUCGGAGUUUUGGGCUUGAACUUGUUUAAACUGGCUGAACCCAAACGACCCCUGAAGCCUUGUAGGAAGGAGAGGAAGAAGGUGACGGCUCAGAAUCUCUCAGAUGGAGACAUCAAGGUCCUGGUGAACAUCAUCAGAGGAUAUGACAUCCCAAUCCGCAGACCUUAUGCCAGCAAACCACCUGCACUGGCAAAGUCAUCACGGCCUUUCAUAGAGACAUUUACAGCACCAUCCCAGACACCCGUACAGGGCAGUGAGUGGCCCCUUGGACAGCCUCUGAUCAGGCCCUUUGUGGAGGUGUCUUUCCAGCGUUCAGUCCUCCAGACAUCUACUGCUGAGGGUCCAAACCCCUGUUGGAAUGAGGAGAUUGUACUGCCAUUCAGUGCUCCAAAUGGAGACUACAGCUCCACCAGUCUUCAGUCGGUUAAAGAUGAAGUCUUCAUCAACAUCUUCGAUGAGCUUCUCUGUGAUGUAGUGGAGGAUGAGAGAGAGAGAGGAAACACGAUUCACACUCGGAUUGAGAGACACUGGCUCGGUUCCAUCAAGAUUCCCUUUAGCACCAUCUACCUGCAGUCUCGGGUUGAUGGAACGUUUAAGGUGUCCAGUCCUCCUGUUUUGCUGGGAUACAGUAAGGAGAGGAGUUUAGGAAGUGAAGGUGGAUAUGAUGCUAUCCGCAGUCUGAGUGAAGGAACUUACCUCAGUCUCUUCAUCACCAUUGAACCCCAGCUGGUGCCAGGAGACACCAUCAGAGAGAAGUUUGACAGUCAGGAGUCGGAGCGAUUGCUGACCGCAUGUGAUGUCUUUGAGAAGGAGGCCAGUCAUCGAUUCCCUGACCGUCCCUGUCUCACCACGGUCAUCGACAUCAGCGGUAAAACUGUCUUUGUCACACGAUUCAUUCGACCUUUGAAUCCACCGCAGGAGCUGAUGGAUGCUUUUCCAAACAACCCGCAGGAAACCAUGGAGUUAGUUGCGCGAUAUGUGUCGCUCAUCCCGUCUCUUCCAGACAGCGCGUCUUUCGCAGGCGUCUGUGAUUUAUGGAGCACGUGUGAUCAAUUCUUGACGCUGCUAGCAGGAGAUGAGGAAGAACACGCUGUAUUACUCUGCAACUAUUUUCUGUCUAUGGGGAAGAAGGCGUGGCUUAUCAUAGGCACAGCCAUUCCUGAGGGCCCCACAGCAUACGUGUUGACGUACGAGCAGAAUCGCUACCUGAUCUGGAAUCCCAGUACAGGACAACAUUAUGGACAGUAUGACACAUUCUGCCCUUUACAGACCAUCGGCUGCCUCAUUAACACUGAUAAUGUAUGGUUUAACAUCCAGCCGUACGCUGCACCAGUGAGAAUGAGUUUUGAUGUCUCUAGGCCAAAACUUUGGAAAGGGUUUUUCUCACGAGCGUUCCCUGAUCCCGGUCUCUCCAGCGUGCAGCCGGAGUCUCUGACGUACAGACAGGCCGACAGACCAGCUGCUGAUGAGUUACAAGACAGGAUCGAGAAGAUUUUGAGAGAGAAGAUCAUGGAAUGGCGUCCGCGUCACCCCACGCGCUGGAAUCGGUUCUGCAUAUCUACAUUACGACAGUUUUUGCCUAAACUGGAGCUGAGCGGAGGACGUGAGGUGGCUGAAGAACAUCGUCUCGAGCUGCAAAGCCUUCUGGGAGAAUACAGGAUAUCUGGGUUUCCCCUGCAUCUGCCUUUCUCAGAGAUUCGGCCAAUCAUUGAAGCCGUUCACAGCACAGGGGUCCAUAAUGCGGAGGCCCCAAACACAGAAUUUGCCCUGGCAGUCUACGUGCACCCGUAUCCCAGUAACGUGCUGGCGGUUUGGGUGUAUAUCGCCUCUUUGGUCAGCACACAUUAGAUCUCAGCACACAGCAGGACAUUAUUACCUCAUUAAUAAUAAUGAGCCUUGAUAUAGUUCAUGUAAAUUAAAAAUAUAUAUUUUUACAUAUAUUUUAAUGGUAGCCUUUUUUUUUUAAAGAAAAGAAUCUGUUAUAUUUGUAUAAUUUUAAACAUUUUUAGCACCUUUUUAUAGAUGUGUAAAAUAGAGUAAAGUUUG